AUGUCUUCCCAUCAUCACCAUCAUGACCAUGGUCACAGCCAUGGCGACAGCGGUGGGCAUGGCCACGAACAUGGUCACGACCACUCACACGAUCUGGAGCCAGCGCUUCAAUCUAACCUCUACAAACAAAUAAACUUCGAAAGCAUCAUCACUUUCAACGAGGCCGAACCGCGUUCUGGUGCCGCCAUCGUCCAAAAGACCUGGGACGAACGUUUGAACGAACAGCCUAUUCUUGAAAGCGACGCGGACGAGCAACUCCUCAUGCACGUCCCAUUCUCCGGCUCCUGUAAACUGUAUUCCAUCCUCAUCCGCACCUCCGAUUCUGACUCGGCACCAAUGACGCUGAAACUCUUCCGGAACCGCGACGACAUGGAUUUCAGCAUGGCCGCCGAUCUGACCCCGACUCAAAAGUUGACCCUUCCAAAAACAAACGAUGUCGCUGAGAUUCCUUUGAACCGGGCUCUCUGGAACGGCACGACCUCCAUCAACCUCUUCUUUGAAGACAACCACUCCGGUGGCGACGAGGAUGUCACUAGGGUAGCCUACCUCGGCUUCAAGGGCGACUUUAUGGCUCUCAACCGCGAACCCGUCAGCGUCUUGUACGAAGCGGCGGCUAACCCACAGGAUCAUAAAUUGAUCCAGGGAUUGACCAACGUCAAUCAGUCCAUGCCAGGACAGUAG